AUGGAAAAACUUUUACAAGACAACUGCCAAUUGAAAAACAAUCUCAUCAAACUGGAAUCGAGGGUUCAAACGUAUUCUCAGUCAGAAAGCUUUUAUCGUCAAUAUUUUGAAGAUUUUCAAAUAAUUCGUAAUAAGCUUUCAGAAAUUCAUCACCUUAUGAUUGAAAUGGAUGAAAAAUUACUUCCAACAAACACUGCUUUAAAGUCGUCCACGAGUUCCUCAUCCACCCUAAACGACUCUGUUGACGAAAAAAGAGAUAUUACCUUUCGAAAGACUCGAUAUCCUUUAUUAAAAGACUUUUCUGUCCCUGAUCUAGAGAAUCCUCCUGGAAUGCACUUGCCAGGACGCAAAAGCAAAUUUCCACCCUUACCUAAAUUACCAAGUAAAUGCAUCCUUGCUGAUAAAACCAACAAUUGCGUAUCAAACUCAAGAACUAUGCUAAAGAAAAUGAAACCACCGACUCACAAUAUCGAAAACAUUGAAACCACUAUAGAGAGUGAGAAGGACUUCUCAGAAAAUGAAAAUAAUGUUCCUUCGGGAAAAGAGGUAAUGAAAGAACAGGUUAAUUCAAAACCUUCAAAUGUUCGUGUUUGUAUUCCUUUUAAAGCUUUUGAUAGUGUCGCUGACUCUGAAGGUAAAAAUCAAAACGAAGCAGACAACCGUUACAGGGGGAAAGAGUCUACUCAUUCAGUGACGACUGCAAGAGCUGGACGAGAAAAACGUGCAGUAAAGUCUGUUAAUUAUGCUAUACCGGAUUUACGAAUGAAGUUGAGAAGAAGCUUUGAAUUACCAAAGGAUAAAAAACGAAGGCGGCAUUGUCGAUUGCAUACAAACAAACAAAAUAAAAAUCAAAUGAAGAAUCCAGAAAACGAUGAUACAGAUUGA